AUGGCCGAGGCUCCUCCUGAGAUUGAAGUACACGCUUUAUUCCCUGAUGUAGUGGCGUUUGGACCCAACCUCGAUAUUUUUCCCAACAAAUGGCACUGGGCCAUCCGAUACCCCAUUGGUGUCGUCGUCGGAGCUCGAGGUGAUCUUAUGACUGGUCCCGACUCGCUCAACGUCGUCGACUACGAUGCACGCCUCCCAUCCGAAGCCACCAUCCUUUACUACCACAUGAGUGAUGAGGAGAAACGAAGGAUGUUCCCGGCCGGCUCUCACAUCUUGUGCACAAGCAUCACCCCUAGUGUUCCCACUACUCGGAAGGUUCACUUCUGCGACCAAGUUGCACAGCGAGAUGGCGGGCGCUGCGUCUUGACGAGAAUGAUCCCAGACGCCUGCGACGCGGUGCACCUUCUGGCUCACAGCAAGGGCGAUGCGUACAUCGAGACUUACACGCAGCGCCGCAGUCGGGACCCUACUGGAGGUGACAUCGUUCGGGAAAUUGAGAGUGUCCGGAACGGACUUUUUCUCAACAAGUUCACUCACGUAGCCUUGGGUACCCACAUUGCAUUCUUAAUGAGGCCAAACUUUGCCAUGAACACGGCCGACGUGGAUCUUGCCACACCUCCCGGAGAGAAAAAGCGUAUAGCACAUCUCUUCCGGCCUGACAAGAAGGUAUAUCUAGGCGGCUUCGGUGCACCCCCUCCAGGCUCUCCUCUCCAUAUUUCUGAGGGAUCAACACGGCCUCCUAAUAUUCUCUUUGAUGCUGUCUAUGCUGGUGCUGUCCUGAACCACUUCGGCACCGACGCCCUGAAAGCUGAAUUUGGCGCAACUUGGCAAGAUGUUUUCUAUCCCAAUGGAAUCAUGACUGCUGCGUACAGAGGUGACCAGGCGAUCAAUGACCUUGAGCGCGGUAAAAAAUCGCGACAAACCCGACAUGCUCAUGGUUCUCCCAUAUGUCGGGGUGCCACGGAACAAGCUGCAGAGGAUGUUAAAGAAAGCCGAAGAGGAUACCCAGGCAGCCGAGCAGAGGCAUCUGAAGGAGAAAGUUGA